AGAUUCUGCGCAGUAGGUCCAGCGCUGAAAUUCAAAUUUGAACAGUUGUUUUGUUGUGCAGAGAGAAGUAGGAACCGAAAAAAGAGAAGAGAAGCUGAGAGCCGCACAGCUUGCCUCACUUAGGUCCUGUUUUUGUACACUAAGUGUGUACACCACUUGCAAAAUACAACGUUGUUUUAAUAUUGCUCGAUUCGGGAUAAACUUUCUAAAAUGGAUCCAUUUACUGAGAAACUGUUGGAGCGGACCCGGGCUCGCAGAGAAAACCUGCAGAAGAAAAUGGCGGAGAGACCAAAUGCAGCAAACCGACAGAUGGUCAAAAGGCCCAGAGAGCCGCUGGCUGACACCAACAGUGUGAUCAGUGAGCCAGCCAUUGAUAAAGUUCCACAGGUGUCCUCUAAGCCCUCUCCCUCCAAGCGCAGGUGCUCAGAGGAAAAUGUAGCCGGCGAGGAGAACCAGGAGCCAGCGAUGACACGAGCUGUGGCUCCUAUGCUCUCGGAUCCUCCCACAGACAGGAAACCCCCGGUGGGGCCUGCCGGCGUUCGACCUUCCUCCUCCCUGGAGAAGACUGCUAACCGGCCUGUUGUCCGGUCUCAGCCAGGGCAGCAGGCAGCUCCAGAGCCAGAGAAAAUGGCUGUCACCCUUGCUCCUAAUCCUCCAAGCAGCAGAGAAGUAGAGGCAGUGCCUGCCAGUUCAGCCCUGCAGAGGAACAAGGAGGAGCUGGUGGAAGACUCUGCUCCAUCUGCUGCUGGCAUGAAGUCUCGUCUGCAGAGGCUGGCAGAGCAGAGAAAGUAUUGGGAUGGCGAUGACACCCCUGAGGCAGUUCCAGACUGCACCCCCCUGUCCCUGUUGCAGAGACAAGCUGAGGUCACACCAGCUGCCGUCCCCACCGUUUCCUCUGGAACUCCGGUAGGGAGGAGAGGCAGACUCGCCAACCUCGCUGCCACCAUCGGAUCCUGGGAAGACGACCUUAGCCACGCUAAUAUUCCCAACGAGAAUGCAAAAGAGAAGCCCGCUACAGCUGUUCCUAAGUUUGCAGUCCGAGGUGCUACUGUGGUUGCCAGCACUAAGCCAAGUGCUGCUGGCCAUGUGGCGGCCAGUUCAACUGCAAGCAGCAGGUCUACACCCAGCUCUCAGGCUUUGAACUCUCCAGCAAAGCCAGGCCGAGUGUUUCAACCAAGCCCUCAGGACGCUGACAUUCCUGCAGCCAGACCAGCACUUAAGCCAGUAACCAGUCCCCAGAAGAGCUCCAUCCAGAAAACGGCCUUCCCCCCCAGUCCCCAGAAGAGCUCCAUCCAGAAAACGACCUUCCCCUCUAGUCCCCAGAAGAGCUCCAUCCAGGGAACUGCCUUCCCCUCUAGUCCCCAGAAGGCUGGCCCCUCCUCCUCAGCAUCAGUGCCUCAAAGCCCCCUGAAGAGUCAGGCCCUCUCCACGGGUCUCAUCCCCACCUCCAGCCCCCAGAAGCCAGAACUCCGUGCCAGGCCCACCACUGCUGGCCCCUCUGGUCCUCAGGAAAUGGCCACUGCUGGAGCACCUGGUGUAAAAUCUUUUCUGGAGCGUUUUGGCGAGAGGUGCCAGGAGCGUACCAACCAGAGCUCCCCAGCAGGGACCCAUGCCAAGACUCCCACUGUAACUCCAUCAGCAGUCACACCAAACACCCGGCUGGUACAGGAGAGGCUCCGAGCUGCCCAGGCUGCAAGCACAACCACUGCUGAUCUCGCCCAAAGACAGAAGCUGGAGCGCGAGUCUGAGUUGGCUCAGAUUCGCAGUCGCUUCCAGAAGGGGAACAAUAUGUGGAAAAACAAAGAUGAAGCGGCAGAAACCAAUAAAAACGCAGACAUCAAGGAACAGCUUGACAAGCCAGUGGAGGCUGAAGUUGCCCCAUGUGAGCCACAGGAUGAACCCGCAGCACCCUCUACUGAGAGUACAGAUACUCCCACAAAGUGCACUCCUCCAGCAGGUCAUGGGUUGAUGGUCUCGCCUCCAGCCUCAACAUCCAGUCCUCUGAGGGUGGUCGGCCACACUGUAGAGAAAACAAGUGAUGAAACCCCAGAAGAAGAGGAGGAGGUGGUCAAAGAGAAAGAGAUGAACGUGGACCAGUCCAUCAACUCUGCAGUUAUCAAUGAGCUGUUUGAUGGCGUCCUGGAGCAGAGUGAUGAUGAUGAGGAAGAUGCUUUAAAUAUCUCCUCCAUGUCGCUCCUCACUCCACUAGCAGAGACUGUGGCUGCUGUGGUGAAAAGUCCAGAGAGAAGAAUGAUGACGUCGACUCCGGCCAGCUCAUUCAUCGUGAAGAGCAACACUCCGGAUAAUGUUUCCAAACCUAGCAAGUUCCAGAGAGCCAACGUGAUGCGGGCGGCAUCUUCAGACAGUGUUGAGGCCUUCGGCGAGGACCCCAAACUGCCAUAUAGCAUUGAUGCAUAUAGGUCCAUCAGGGUGAAAGAGACAGAGAGACCCAACAUAAAACAGGUGAUUGUGAGGAAAGAGGACGUUUCUCACAGAGCGGAGGAACCCAGAGGAGCAAGCCUCUUUAGCAUCAAACAGAAGAUGAAGAUUCUGACAAAUGAGCUGAACCUGCAACAGACAGUCAUUCAUCAGGCCAGUCAGGCACUCAACUGCUGCACUGAUGAAGAGCACGGCAAAGGAUCCCAGGUGGAGGCUGAGGCAGAGAGGCUGCUGCUGGUGGCAACGGAGAGGAGGGAAGCGUUGAAGGUGGAGCUGGACCGUCUGAAAGGAGACCCAACAAGCCAGAAAAAGGCCUCUGUGGCCCCAGAACCUAUGAGCAUGGCGGCCUCCAAGGGCUCCGUCACCCUGCAGGAGUUGCGCCUGCCUCUCAAGGCAGACUUUGUUUGCUCCAUUGCCAACAAGCCAGAGUCCACCAAACAUUCCUUCUUCGUAAUGAUUCGGGCUGGAGCAGAGAACACUGUGGCCACACCAUUAGCCAGCACACACCGCGGCCUCAGUGGGGACACGCUGGCUUUCCCUACCAAGUUCACCAUAUCCGAUGUCUCCAGUGACUUUGUAAUUGAUAUAGAGGUCUAUUGCUUGGUGCAGAAGCGUGACGUCUGCAGUGACAAGAAGAAGAAACCCAGCAAGUCAAAGAGAAUAUGGAGACAGGUUCACAUGGCCCAAGAUUUGUGUAUGUCGGCUAUCACUCCAAAGAGAUUCCUCGCCAUCACUAAAAGUGGCCAGACACCAGUUGUGGCCAGUCCAGGAGGCCCCAACGCUGUUCGCACCAGUAACUUCAUCCUGGUCGGAUCACACAAGCUCACCCUGUCCUCGAUCGGGAAAAACAAGUUCCCUUUGGAGAAGAUCAAAUAUGACGCAAGGGAAAGAGAACUUCUCAGUGACAUGUUUCAUACCAAGGUGCCGUUCCUGUGCCCUCUGGAGGGCCACGUCUACCUCACCAUGCAGUGUGAGGUUGGCUCAAAGGUGGAGGAGAAGGGCUUCCUGACGAUGUUUGAAGAUGUGAGUGGAUUCGGAGCCUGGCACCGGAGGUGGUGUGUCCUGACGGGAUACUGCAUCUCCUACUGGACCUACCCAGAUGAUGAGAAGCGCAAGAAUCCCAUUGGUCGCAUCAACCUGGCUAACUGCACCAGUAAGAAGGUGGAACCAGCCAACAGAGAGUUUUGUGCCAGACCCAACACAUUUGAGCUGAUCACAGUCCGGCCACAGAGAGAGGAUGACAAAGAAACACUCGUCAGCCAGUGCAAGAACACCAUGUGUGUCACCAAAAACUGGCUGUGUGCAGACACAAAGGACGAGAGGAAUCUGUGGAUGAAGAAGCUGAACCAGAUUGUGGUGGAUCUGCGAAUGUGGCAGCCAGACGCCUGCUACAGGCCGCUGUAAUCACUGCACUCUGUCACAACCAGCCCUUCUGUCAAUAUCAGGGACACAUGGCCAAUACAAAGUGCAAUACACUAUAACAAUUGUUAAAUAUUUUUAACUUGUGGAUAUUUUCCAGGAGAUUAGUAAUCAAACACAUUAGUGUUUAAGUUAUAGAUCAGAGGAAAGUAAAUAAAGCCAUACAUUUGAAACAUUUCAGUACAGUAUUUUGUGUAGGAGUCGGGGUUUGGCACUGUUGUUUUUUUUGAUACACCUCUAGACCGGUUUGAUACUCUAUUUUGGGGUAUUUUUGUGUUGCUGAAUUUAUUUUAUGUUAAUGCCAAUAUUAAGUGUUCUUGACACAGUGCAUGGCUUUAAAUUAUUUGGUUUUAAAGCUAAAA